AUGACUGGAGAAAUCAGCGAGAAGGCCUUCCCUCUUUCGACGGACCGCCUCAGCCAGACCAUCCUCGAUCUCGUGCAGGAGGCGAGCAAUGCCAAGAUGGUGAAGAAAGGUGCCAACGAGGCCACCAAGGCCUUGAACCGCGGUAUUGCGGACCUGAUAGUGUUGGCGGGUGACACGAACCCGAUUGAGAUUCUCCUGCACCUCCCCCUCUUGUGCGAAGACAAGAACGUCCCGUACGUCUUCGUGCCGUCCAAGACGGCGCUUGGCCGCGCGUCGCAGGUGUCUCGCAAUGUCGUGGCGCUAGCCAUCCUUCAGGGCGAGAACAGCCCUGUUGCGGCGAAGGUGCAGGCAGUGAAGCUCGAGAUCGAGCGCUUGCUCUGA